CUAAAAGGCCGCCGAGCAUUCACAGCGCCAUUCCUGCGAGGAUCUGCCUGCUGUCCAUUGUCCUGUCCACGUCUACAUCCUCCACGUCCAAACGUCUGAUCUGCUGGUCGACAACGUACACACGACUUCGACCGCGGCCCCCAAUAUCCAUUCCCGGGUGCACUCUACAUCCUCCCUUUUCUCUCUUUAGAAUUAUCUCCAUCUCCCGACUCUUCUGCUCUCGACAUUUCCGGCAAAUGCUUAUGCUCUUCUUGAUCGAUUGAAAUACCCUUCUAGCUUGGACAUAUUAUCCCCCUCUUGCUGGCCAAUUCCUUCUUUCCUGGGACCGUUGACCGCCCUGUCCUACCCUUCCUCCACCUUUCAUUUCACCAUUCAUUGAUUCACCGCCUGCAAUACCAAACAACCACGUUCAGAGUUAGAGUCCUUUCACUACACGGCCUUCUGACCGCCCUCACGGUGAGGCACAGUACGGCAGAAUCCGCUACAAUCGCCCAAGAAAUCGAUCUCGCGCGACCGAGCUUCUUCUCACGUUCACUUUUUUGAUCCUGUCAACCGCCCACCUAUCCGGAGGAUCUCAGAAUCCGAUUUCAAUUUCUCUCGCGUCGGCGACGAGUACGUUCGCACUUACAACGGGAUGGUUGUGGCAACGAUCAAAUGCGUGGUUGUCGGUGAUGGCGCAGUCGGAAAGACAUGCUUGCUUAUCUCCUACACGACCAACAAAUUCCCAUCCGAAUAUGUCCCUACGGUCUUUGACAACUACGCCGUCACCGUUAUGAUCGGUGAUGAGCCAUACACUCUCGGACUGUUCGACACCGCCGGACAGGAAGACUACGAUCGUCUCCGACCUCUAUCAUAUCCCCAAACCGACGUGUUUCUUGUUUGCUUUUCCGUCACUUCACCAGCAUCCUUCGAAAACGUUCGCGAGAAAUGGUUUCCCGAAGUCCACCACCACUGUCCAGGAGUCCCUUGUUUGAUCGUUGGAACUCAAACGGAUCUUCGAGAUGAUCCAUCUGUCCGCGAGAAGCUCGCCAAGCAGAAAAUGCAACCGGUUCGCAAGGAAGACGGUGAAAGAAUGGCCAAGGAACUCGGUGCUGUCAAAUACGUCGAAUGCAGCGCGCUCACCCAGUACAAGCUCAAAGAUGUGUUCGACGAGGCCAUAGUCGCAGCGCUGGAACCUCCGCCAAAGAAGAGCAGCAAGAAAUGCGUCAUUCUGUGAGGGAUGGCAAACCUUCGGCUAUCUUUGUCUGUCAGCCGGAGGUUUAUCAGGCUUAUUCGCUGCCAAUUUUCCUUCGUCGGCUUUCCAGGGGGCAACAUAUUGGAAAGAUUGGAAGUCUUCUUGGACACGAAAUACAGUGACUAUCGAUCGGGUUUUUUCAUUGACAGCUUUUAGCCGAGAGAGAAUCACUUUUCUUCUUUAACAAACCGAUCUUGGCGUUGGUUGCGGACCAGAAGGACAGUUCCACGGAGCAUCAAUGUACUUGCUAUGGCUGGAGUCGAUGGCGUUUUAAAGUAAGAGCUUAAACGACUGCGCGGAUCGGCUGUUCCCUGUUUAUAUGCGAGUGUUCAGCCAGACAAUGCAGCUCAGACCGGAGAACUCUUGUCGGGGUUGACAUGAACAAGAACAUGAAUAAGAGCUUUGCCUUGCUCGAGUCGAGAGAUACUCUUCACAUUCGUGACCGGAGCUGGCACCGAACCAUUGAAAUUCCCAUUCCGCGGACUCUCAGAGCCAGACUUGUUAUUCAAUGAAAUACAUCCACGUUGGAACCUGGAC